AUGGCUUCUUCAUGGUUUCUCAAUUUGGCUUUUAAAUUCCUUCAUCAUUUCGCAUGGCCUCUUGUUGCUCUGCUGUAUCCUAUGUGUGCUUCCAUACAAGCAAUCGAGACUGAUUGUUAUGCAGAAACUAAGAAUUUGAUCUCAUAUUGGAUACUUCUUUCAUUCAUUUACCUCUUUGACUAUGCUUUAUUCAACCUUCUACCAUGGUUUCACCUCUGGCUGUACAUUAAGCUAAUGAUAAUCUUCUGGCUCACCAUACCAGACUUUGGACGAGCUUCUUAUGUUUAUAAUAAUCUUAUUCGCUCCAUGAAACUGCAAAUACUCACUUGGAAGUUAAAUAACUACCGGAUGAAGUGGUUAUUCGAGAAAGAUAACUUUUUAAUGCAUGCAGAGAUAUAUAUGAAAGAGAAUGGGACAGCAGCAUUAGAGAAACUCAUUGCUAACAAGAAUAAGACGUUUAUACCUCAUGCGGAAGCGACAAGUGAAAUUCUAGCUAAUAAUAAAGAAACAUUGAAGACAAAUGUAGAAAGAAUGGAAGCAAACAUUAAAGAUUUGGAGGCUGUCGUGAAAAAAGAAAUCCCUGCAAUCCAGCAAGAUAUUUUUGCAAUCCCUGAAAUUGUGCCCAGUCAAAAUGCAUCAGCAGCCACCGUAGAAACCAAAGGAAGCGCAGAGAGUAACAAAGCUAGUGGAGAGGCUACUCAGAGUUCAACUUUUACACAGAAGGAAAUGCAGAAAGAGUGGAAUUGUGCUUUAUGUUUGGUAACAACAUCGAACGAGAUGACCUGGAACUCCCACCUAAGUGGAAGGAAACACAGGGCUGCUAUUAAAACUUUUAUAGCAAAGAAGCAACCUACCCUGCAAAAGCAAAACUAUGCAGAAUCGACACAUGAAAUCACAGCUGCCAACAGUAAAGAAACACCAAAGACAAAUGGAAAAGGACUCCAACCCGAACACAUAGAAAUCAAAGAUUUGGAUGCUAUUGCAAAAAAAGAAAUUCCUGCAACCAAGCAAAGAACCUGUGCUAAUAUUGCGGCGGCAAGUCAAAAGGCAUCAUCUGCCAUAAUAGAAACCAAAGGGAGUUCUACCUCUACACAGAAAGAAGUGCAGAAAGAGUGGGCUUGUGCUUUAUGUUUGGUAACAACAUCGAGCGAGACAACCUUAAAUUCGCACCUUAGUGGAAGGAAACACAUGAAUACUAUUGAGGCAUUGAAAGCAAAGAAGCAGCCCACCCUGGAAAAGAACCUUUGUGAACCAUUUAGGAUGGUUAAUUCCAAAAUAAUAUGUAAAGUUUGUAAUAUCAUGCUUCCAAGUGAGGAGUACAUGGCCUCUCACAUAAAAGGGUGGAAGCACUUGGCUAAGAUUCAAACUUGA